UCAUGUUGUGAAAUAGUGAGCUUCUGAAAUCAAGCUGCUUUAUUUCUCACGAUGUCAAGUGCAGAAUAGUUUGACUCUAACUCAGACUUUUACCAAGAACUGCUCUGCACAAUAUAUAUUAUAUAUACUCUGUACUUCUACUGCUUUUGCUUUGCCUGUUAAGAAAACAACUUUUAUAUCAUCAUAUCUACAAGGACUGGAAACUUGAGUGUUUCUACAGCGACAACAAUGGACAUUGAGGAAGACAAUGCAGGAUACAAGCGUCUAAUAAUGAAUGGCACCAAGCUUCCAUUUUCAGUCUAUGCAUUGAAAAACAGUCCUUUCAAGACUGCGACGCUCUGCUUUGGUGUGCUGUGUGCUGCCCUGGUGAUUGGGCUCAUAGGUCAAGCAGCCUAUUACAAGGGAGUCGGUAGAAACACUCAGGAGAAGUUAGAAGCCACGAAAGUGGAAAACGACAACUUACAAGAGAACCUGAAGAGUGUACAGAACGAGAAGAGGAACAUGGUCACCAAUAAUGAGCAGGUGCAAAAAAACUUGGACUACAUGUCGAAAAUGAAAACCAAAAUGGAAACCAACAACAACCUACUGACUGCGGAAACCAACCAGCUGAAAGAGAGUAAAAGCCAGUUGCAGGCCAGCAACACUGCUCUAAACAACGAGCUGGAGCAGCUAAAGGCCAGCAAGGAGCAGCUGCAGACUAAUAACAACGCCUUGUCUACAGGCAAUGACUUGCUGCAACAAAAGUAUGAUUCAGUGGUCAAGAGCAAAAUGAGCCUACAGGCCAACUGUGACACGGUAACCAAAGAGAGGGACCUUUUGCAGAACAAAUUCAAUAAUGCCACACGUUCCAAAGAGAAGCUGCAAAUGAGUUACAACAGCCUGAUAAUUGAUAUUGAACACCUGCAGCAGCGGUACAACUCCUCCUCCAGUGAGAAAGACGACAUCGCCAGCAGUCACCGAAAUGUGACAUUGGAAAAAGGCAUCUUGCAGGACGCGUACUUGACACUCAGCAAAGCCGCAGACGAGCUGCUCGCCUCCUACAAUUCCACCAUUGAAGAGAAACGAGGACUUGAAAACUCGUUGAAAAAUGUGUCGAAGGAGAGAGACCAGCAGAGGACCGUCAUCACCAACCUGACUGCUGAGGUAGAACAGCUGAGGGCUACCGUCACCGAACUGAACACAACUAAAGUUAAAACCUGUCCAAGUGGCUGGAAGAAGUUUGAGACAAACUGCUAUUAUAGUUCUAUUUCGUCCAAGAAGACAUGGUACCUAAGCAGAAGCUACUGUCAAGGAAAAGGAGCUGACCUGGUAAUCAUAAACAGCAAAGACGAAAUGGAGUUUGUUAAUGGUAUGUUUUCAAACAACAAGGAGGUCUGGAUUGGACUGAAUGAUCAGGGUGUGGAGGGCCAGUGGAAGUGGGUGGAUGGGACCACUCUGACCACAGCGUAUUGGGCUGAUAACCAGCCCAACAGUUACAAUGGAGACCAAGACUGUGUGGAGUUUUGGCACCGCUCAUCAGGAAAGGCCGAAUGGAACGAUGAAAAAUGUAGCUCACAGAGAAACUGGGUGUGUGAGAAGUAGUCCAUAUAUUUACAAUUUCAGUGAAACAUUUGUAUAGCUUAUAUCUGAAGAGUACAGGUGGUCCUCCGUCUACGAAGAGUUCCGUUCCUACGUCAUGUGACAUAAGUUGAAUUUUGGAAUAUGCCAGAAAGCACAAUUUAAAUAAAGCGCAGACUCCAGUCCUUAUUUCCCAAUACAACGUUUUGAAAAAAUGAUUAAAUCAUUAAUCCAGUUGGUGAUUCGGAUCAACCCAAAAA